GGGCGGGGGAGGGCGCGUCCAGUUUUUCUCAGGGGACGUUCAAAUUAUUUUUGUAACGGGAGUCGGGAGAGGACGGGGCGUGCCCCGACGUGCGCGCGCGUCGCUCUCCCCGGCGCUGCACCAUCGCUCUCUGGCUCCUGCCCUGGGAAGGCGUCAUGCCGCCCAAAACCCCCCGAAGAGCGGCCACUGCCGCAGCCGCCGCCGAACCCCCGGCGCCGCCGCCGCCCCCUCCUGAGGAGGACCCGGAGCAGGACAGUGGCCCCGAGGACCUGCCUCUGGCCAGGCUUGAGUUUGAAGAAACUGAAGAACCAGAUUUUACUGCAUUAUGUCAGAAAUUAAAGUUACCAGAUCAUGUCAGAGAAAGAGCUUGGUUAACUUGGGAGAAAGUUUCAUCUGUGGAUGGAGUAUUGGAAGGUUAUAUUCAAAAGAAAAAGGAACUGUGGGGAAUCUGUAUCUUUAUUGCAGCAGUCGACCUAGAUGAGAUGCCAUUCACUUUUACUGAGCUGCAGAAAAACAUAGAAACCAGUGUCUAUAAAUUCUUUGACUUACUAAAAGAAAUUGAUACCAGUACCAAAGUUGAUAAUGCUAUGUCAAGACUGUUGAAGAAGUAUAAUGUAUUGUGUGCACUCUACAGCAAAUUAGAAAGGAUGGUAAAUGGAAAAGUGAAAAAGAGGCAUGUCCUUAGAUAUUCUGAAGAGAACGAGGAUGGAGAUAGAGCUGGAAAGAAGCAUCUUCUCAGAAGGAUGUCUCUAUUUUUCUUUCUUUCCUGCUUCUUGGUUGGGGAAGUAUUACAAAUGGAAGAUGAUCUGGUGAUCUCAUUUCAGUUAAUGCUGUGUGUUCUUGACUAUUUUAUCAAACUCUCACCACCCACAUUGCUCAAAGAACCAUACAUGAAAUCUGUGCUUCUGUGUGCUGAGAGAUGUAAUGACAUGAAAAGGGUAAUCAUCAGUGUUUUUUCUUUUGAGGUUGAAAGUCUCUCUAAACGAUAUGAAGAAAUUUAUCUUAAAAACAAAGAUCUAGAUGCAAGAUUAUUUUUGGAUCAUGAUGAAACUCUUCAGACUGAUCUUAUAGACAGAAUUUAUGUGAACUGCACAGUGAAUCCAAAAGAAAGUAUCCUGAAAAGAGUGAAGGAUGUUGGAUAUAUUUUUAAAGAGAAAUUUGCCAAAGCCGUGGGACAGGGAUGUGUUGAAAUUGGAUCACAGUGUAGAAGUACAUCUCAGAAUCUUGAUUCUGGAACAGAUUUGUCCUUCCCAUGGAUUCUGAAUGUACUUAAUUUAAAAGCCUUUGAUUUUUACAAAGUGAUUGAAAGUUUUAUCAAAGCAGAAGCCAACUUGACAAGAGAAAUGAUAAAACAUUUAGAACGAUGUGAACAUCGAAUCAUGGAAUCCCUUGCAUGGCUCUCAGAUUCACCUUUAUUUGAUCUUAUUAAACAGUCAAAGGACCGAGAAGGACCAGCUGAUCACCUUGAAUCUGCUUGUGCUCUUAAUCUUCCUCUCCAGAAUAAUCACACUGCAGCAGAUAUGUAUCUUUCUCCUGUAAGAUCCCCAAAGAAAAAAGUUUCAACUACACGUGUAAAUUCAACUGCAAAUGCAGAGACACAAGCAACCUCAGCCUUCCAGACUCAGAAGCCUUUGAAAUCUACCUCCCUUUCACUCUUUUACAAAAAAGUGUACCGGCUAGCAUAUCUCCGACUAAAUACCCUAUGUGCACGCCUUCUGUCUGACCACCCAGAACUAGAACACAUCAUCUGGACCCUUUUCCAGCACACGUUGCAAAAUGAGUAUGAACUCAUGAGAGACAGGCAUUUGGACCAGAUUAUGAUGUGUUCCAUGUAUGGCAUAUGCAAAGUAAAGAAUAUAGACCUUAAAUUCAAAAUCAUUGUAACAGCAUAUAAGGAUCUUCCUCAUGCUGUUCAGGAGACAUUCAAACGUGUUUUGAUCAGAGAAGAAGAGUAUGAUUCCAUUAUAGUAUUCUAUAACUCGGUCUUCAUGCAGAGACUGAAAACAAAUAUUUUGCAGUAUGCUUCCACCAGGCCCCCUACAUUGUCACCAAUACCUCACAUUCCUCGAAGCCCUUACAAGUUUUCUAGUUCACCCUUACGGAUUCCUGGGGGGAAUAUCUAUAUAUCACCCCUGAAGAGUCCAUAUAAAAUUUCAGAAGGUCUGCCAACGCCAACAAAAAUGACUCCAAGAUCAAGAAUCUUAGUAUCAAUUGGUGAAUCAUUUGGGACAUCUGAAAAAUUCCAGAAAAUAAAUCAGAUGGUAUGUAACAGCGACCGUGUGCUCAAAAGAAGUGCUGAAGGAAGCAACCCUCCUAAACCACUGAAAAAACUACGCUUUGAUAUUGAAGGAUCAGAUGAAGGAGAUGGAAGUAAACAUCUCCCAGGGGAGUCCAAAUUUCAACAGAAACUGGCAGAAAUGACAUCGACUCGAACACGAAUGCAAAAGCAGAAAAUGAAUGAUAGCAUGGAUACUUCAAACAAAGAAGAAAAAUGAGGAUCUCAGGACUUUGGCGGACACUGUGUGCACCUCUAGCUUCACUGUCUCUCACGGAUGUGACUGUGUAACUCUCCCAGGUUGUUUACAGCCACGUUUAAUAGCUUCAGCUCUUUUUGUAGAUAUAAAAUGUGCAGAUGCAAUUGUGCAGGUGAUUUUUAAGCCACUUGCAGUGUUGUAGACAUUGUUAUUAUACAAGAUUGAAAAUCUUGUGUAAAUCCUGCCAUUUAAAACGCUGUAGCAGGUUGUUUCCAUUUCCGGUGUAAAAUUGCUGUGUUUGAUGAUGAAUAGGGAGGAUGCCCUGGAGUGGGCGUCCUAACAACCCGUGCCUGUCUGACUACUUCUGUUGUAGCGUCUAUGUGAUGUCUGCUCUUGUUUUUAUUAAUUUAUAUGUAUAUUUUUUUUAAUUUAACAUGAAUACCCUAGAAAUUGUGUCCU